AAUACAAGAGAGAGAGAGAGAGCUCAUAUGAUUUGAUUCGUAAUUGGAAUCUCGCCAGUUAAUUAUUUUAACGCCGGAGAAUUCGCCGGCGGUCACAUUUUUGUUUCAAGUGAUCGGAGGCGGAAAUUUUUCUAUUUUAUUUUUUGGCGGUAAAUAAAAUAAUUAUAGGAUGGUGAAUUUUUUGGUGGAACGAGCGACGAGCGAUAUGCUUAUUGGUCCUGAUUGGGCCAUGAAUGUCGAGAUCUGCGAUAUAUGCAAUCGCGAUCCCGGGCAAGCCAAAGAUAUUGUGAAAGGAAUAAAAAAGCGUCUUCGCAGUAAGAAACCAAAAGUCCAGCUACUCGCCCUGACACUAUUGGAAGCAAUUGUGAAGAAUUGUGGGGACAUUGUGCAUAUGCAUGUUGCUGAGAAAGGUCUUCUUCACCAGAUGGUGAAAAUUGUAAAGAAGAAGCCCGACUUUUACGUCAGGGAAAAGAUAUUAACUUUGGUAGACACUUGGCAAGAAGCUUUUGGAGGACCAAGGGCGAGAUAUCCACAAUAUUAUGGAUCCUACCAGGAGUUGUUGCGCAUUGGAGCCGUAUUCCCUCAGAGAUCUGAGAGAUCAGCACCUGUGUUCACACCUCCUCAAACACAUCCACUUGCAUCUGAUCCACAGAAUCUUCAGAAGCCUGAAUCUAGACAGGAUACAGCAGAGUCUUCAGCAGAUGCUGAAUAUCCCACCUUGAGCUUGACGGAGAUCCAGAAUGCACGUGGUAUUAUGGAUGUCCUUACUGAAAUGCUGAAUGCAUUAGGUCCUGAAAACAAAGAGGAACUCAGACAAGAGGUCAUUGUUGAUUUGGUGGAACAAUGCCGUACCUACAAGCAGAGAUUGGUACACCUUGUAAACUCGACUACGGAUGAGUCGCUGCUAUGCCAAGGACUAUCGCUGAAUGAUGACUUACAGCGUGUAUUGGCCAAGCAUGAAGCUAUUGCAUCAGGAACUUCUAUUAAAGGCGAAUCAUCAAAACCUGAAGCUGCUCGAUCCCUUGUAGAUGUUGAUGCUCCUCUUAUUGAUACUGGAACCAGCAACCAGUCAGACCAAGGAUCUACACCAAUUGCUAGUUUAGGGACACAGUUGCUUCUUCCUGCUCCUACAUCAGCAACUCCAGCAAAAGUUGACCCUAAGAUGGAUCUUCUGAGCGGAGACUUUGACUCACCGACAGCUGAGAAUGCUCUUGCGCUUGUUCCUGUUGGAGAACCUCAACCAGCAAGUCCUUCGCAGCAGAAUGCCCUUGCUAUUCUCGACAUGUUUUCGCAGCCAAGCACCACCCCCUCUACUUAUUCAGUUGGUCAGGCAAAUCCUUCAUCCCCUCAAUUUCAGCAACAACAGAAUUUUCAUUCUGUGCAACCAUCUUUGUACCCAAAUGGAAGUGUCCCUGGUAUGACCUACGCCCAAGGCUCCAAUCCUGACUGGAAUGGGCAGAUGUCACAGCAACAACAGCCAGCUUCUCCAGGUUAUGGAACUCAAAGCACUAAUCCUUUUCCACUUCCUCCGUGGGAAGCUGAGGCAGAAGAAAGCCAAAUAGCAGGUAGCCCUCAUGCUCAAUCGAUGCUAAAUAAUCCCAUGCCAGGUAGUUCACAAGCUUUAGCAAUGCACAAUAAUCAGAUGAUGCCUGGCGGUUCACAUGCUGUAUCACCGCAAAAUAAUCAGCUGGUUGCAGCCAACGCACAGCAAACAUACCUCCAUGGUAUGUAUGCACAUCCGGGCACAGCUGGACAGCCUGCUAUAAUGAGCAAUCAGGCUAUGCAAAGCAAUCAGAUGGAAGGCAUGUAUCCUCAACAAUUCCAAGGUGGGCAACCAGGGGGUUUGUUUCCUCAACAAAUGCCAUCUGGGCACAUGGCUUAUAUGUAUUCCCAGCAAAUGUAUGCCAACCAAAUGGCCAGUUAUGGUUAUGGUAACGCUCAACAACAAAAUACUCAGUUCCUUAACCAAGGAAUGUCUGGGCUCUCUGUGAGGGACAAUGGUGUCCUCAACAAUUCUUCCUAUCCAGUUUCCGCUCCUUCAUAUGUGCCAUCUGGAAAGCCCUCAAAGCCGCAAGACAAAUUGUUCGGAGACCUAGUUGACCUUUCAAAAUUCAAAUCAACCAAUGCCCCCGGCAGAGCUGGUAGCACAUGACAGUAACUGGUUUUGCACCUUUUUUUCUUAAUAAUUAGCAUUUCUAUUUGGUUCUUAAGCUUAUGUUGUCUCUUCUUCAUUUUUUUAUUUGCACAUUCUCCUUCGAGUCCAUAUGCAUUUGAUGGUUCUUCACAAGAUGAUGAGAGUUGUGUACAUUUCUUAUAGAGUGAAGAAAUAUCUCUGGAAGAAAGAAAGUCAAGGAACCUCGCUCUAGCUUGAAUAUGUAUAGGAUGUAUUCAAUUAUUCAUUUUAAUGCAGUUUCGGGUGAUAUAAUUUUGUGCUGUUA